AUGGUCUCCCUUCUCAAAGGUUCAGCUUUUUUGACUGGUGCUGGCUCAGGCAUAGGUCGUGCCACUGCCCUCGCAUUUGCCAAAUACGGUAUCACGCGCCUCUCCCUAGCCGACCACGACUCCUCCUCCCUAGCAGCCACUUCCAAACUCAUAAAAGCGGUGUAUCCUUCGAUCCAGAUCUUACAGCACUCUCUUGACGUCACAAAUGAAUCGAAGGUCCAAGCUGCUAUUGCCAAAGCGGCUAUUGAGUUCGGCCGCAUUGACGUAGCCGUCAAUAUCGCUGGUAUCAGCCACAGUGGUCUGACCCAUGAUUGUAAGACAGAGGAGUGGAGGGAGGUGUUGGGGGUUAAUCUUGAUGGGUUGUGGUUUUGCCAGCGGGAGGAGAUAAGACAGAUGCUGGCACAGGAAGACCGCGGACCAAGAGAGGGAAGAGGUUCAAUCGUCAACAUCUCCUCAGUAGCUGGUCUUGUUGGCGGCGGCAUAAGCCCCGCCUAUACAGCUUCCAAACAUGCCGUAAUCGGCCUCACCAGAAACGACGCUGCCACCUACGCUCCCAAAGGUAUCCGCGUCAAUGCUAUAUGUCCCGGUUGGACGGCUACGCCGAUGGUUGAGCGCUUCCAGAGCCAGUUCCCAGAUGAAGUAAAGACAUCGGUGGCGACGGUGCCGAUGAGGCGGAUGGCGGAGAUGGAGGAGGUUGCGGAUGCGAUUGUCUUUUUGGGGAGUCGGAUGGAGAGUUUUGUGUGCGGAGCGGCGGUCCCAGUGGAUGGGGGAUUUACUGCUAUUUAAGGCUAUGGGACCGCCCAAGUCGCGAGGCUGUUCUUUUAGAGAGGGGAG